AUGGCGUCUCGUCCAAGUGUCUGCGUCCAUUCAAAAACUGGAGAGGGCUCUGGCUCGCUCGUUCUCCCAGCAGUUCUUACUGCUCCCAUUCGUCUCGAUGUCGUCCAACAGGUCCACACCAGCAUGGCAAAGAACAGGAGACAAGCCUAUGCCGUGAGCGAAAAGGCUGGCCACCAGACAAGCGCAGAGUCCUGGGGAACGGGUCGUGCCGUCGCUCGUAUUCCUCGCGUUGGAGGUGGUGGAACACACCGUUCGGGACAGGCUGCCUUUGGUAACAUGUGCCGUGGCGGUCGUAUGUUUGCACCCACCAAGACCUGGCGCAAAUGGCACGUCAAGAUUAACCAAAACCAGCGCCGCUUCGCUGUCGUGUCUGCACUCGCAGCCUCUGCCUUGCCAUCUCUCGUCCUCGCCCGCGGCCACCGUAUCGAAAAGAUUCGCGAAGUCCCACUCGUCGUGUCGUCUGAAAUUGAGUCGCUCACCAAGACGCGUGAAGCCGUCGCGUUCCUCAAGGCCAUUGCUGCCUAUGAUGAUGUGGUCAAAGUCUCCAACUCGCGUAAGCUCCGUGCAGGCAAGGGCAAGAUGCGUGGACGUCGCCAUCGUCAGCGCCGUGGACCAUUGAUUGUGUACAAUGAGGACAAGGGCAUCGUGCCAGCAUUCCGCAACUUGCCAGGCGUAGAGCUUGCCAAUGUCAGGGCGCUCAAUCUCCUCCAGCUCGCUCCCGGUGGACAUCUCGGACGGUUUGUGAUCUGGACGGAGAGUGCAUUCUCCGUCCUCGAUGAAGUGUUUGGCACAUUCGAAAAGGCGUCCUUGUACAAGCGAGAUUACAUCCUCCCGACGGCGAAGAUGGCGAAUCCCGACGUCACGCGACUGAUCAAUAGCGACGAGAUUCAGUCGGUGGUCCGCCCUGCAAAAUCCAAGACGCAAAAGAGGCCUUGGACGCAGAAGAAGAAUCCAUUGGUGAACAAGGGUGUCUUGUUCCGACUGAAUCCCUAUGCCAAGACGCUUCGUCGUCAAGAGCUCUUGAAACAGGAGCGAUUGAAGAAGUGUGGCGAGAAGAAGACGAAGCAGCACGCGGCUGGCGAGGCGUUUUUGUCUGUGCUUUCGGCGGCAUGA